GCGGGCGGGCGGAGGGAGGGAGGGAGGGAGCGGGCGGCUUCUGUUCCCCUCUCGGAGCGAAGGCUCGGCGGCCGGACUCCGGCUCGGCCUCCUCCUCCUCCUCCUCCUCACGCGCAGCGGCCCCGAUCCCCUUUCCCCGACGCCGUGACGCGGCGGGGGGGGGGAGGAGGAGGAGGGCGGGGAAAGGGGGCCUUCGCUGGAGGCCUCGCGGAGGAGCGCAGAGGAGAAGCCGCGCCUGGGCGCUGCGGGGGCGGGGGCUGUCCCCCGUGCCGCUCCCUGCCCUGACCGGCGCCCAGGACAUGUUUCAAGGAGGUGAUGACUUCUCUCAAAAUGGAGCAGGUCAACUUGAAGAAAUGGAUACAUCUGACACACAGUGGGGAUGGUUUUACUUGGCUGAAUGUGGGAAAUGGCAUAUGUUUGAGACUGAUUCCAGCACUCACUGUUCAGUUAGCACAGAAGACAUUGAAAGGAGCUUCAGAAUGAAUCCAGAGGACUCUGUUGGCUUCACUACUGCAAAAUUUAACUACAGAUUAGACUUUUCAGGGAUGAAACAAACUAACCUAACAACUGGAAAACAGCGUCCCAUAAAACGAGCUCCGUUUUCUAUCACUGCUUUCAGUUAUGUCUGUGAAAACCAGUCUAUCCCCAUUCCUUCACAUUGGGAGAAUGUAAACUCUGAAGAAGCUUACCAGUUUAUUCCUUUGCAAAAGCAGACAAACGAGUAUAAAGAAGUUGCUAGUCACUUUGGGGAAACAAUGGAAGGCAGUCGAAUAAAAAGAAUACAGAGAAUUCAGAAUCUAGACUUGUGGGAAUUUUUUUGCAGGCUUUCAUGGCUGGAAUCACCAGGAUGUUGUGGGUUAUCUGGGUUGCAGGAUCUGAUUGCUCAGUGGCUGCUGCCAGGGUCUGGCACUGGAAAGGGUCUGCCUUUUACUGACAGAAACAAAGGCCAAAUGGCUGACAAUACUGUAUACUUGCCUAGCAACAGCCAGUAAGAGCAUUAGCUUCUUAAAGGUAAUAGUCAGCUCUAUUGUUUUGGGGGCUUUUAACCCUGCUAUGUAAAACAAACAAGUUUUUCUGCCCACCUGGGGCAUUUUUCAAGUUUGUAGAAAGAUCCAUCUUGUCUUUCUUCGUUCCAGUCUCUGGAUUUAAGUAUUUGGCUGUGUUGAGAAUUCGAUCUAUUGAUGAUGAUUAUUACAUUGGAAUUACAUCAUAAUUUGCAAGCAUGAGAGACAGCAGUAGUGGUUUGAGACUGAGAUCUAGCACUCUGAGCCACAAACAAAGCCUUGCCAACUUCACAGAGUUGUUGUGAAUGUGAAAGAAAAGGAUAAUGAUGUAAGCUGCAAUUAGGGGAAAGGUGGGGUAUAAAUAAAGUAGACGAUACAAACAUUUUAACUCCCUCCAGAUUCCCCCAUCAUGGUUCCCAAACAGGUUUCCCAAAAAGUUACUUUGUCCCUUGUCUUUUAUCCAAAGUUCUCAUUUCUCAUAUCACUAAUUUUCGCCACAGCAAAAUCUAUAAAAAAUCAAAAUAGGAGGCUGACAAGAAAUAUAUUUAGGAGGAUAGAGCCUGUCACACUCCAAAUCAUAUAGUCUGCAUGGUUGCACAUGGUUGAUCUUGGGAAUGGUGAGCUCUGGGGAGCCUGUGCCUUCCCUUCCUGGAAUGCAACCACCCAGACAGUCAAGGACCCCCCAGAGCUCCCUCACAGUUUUGUUCCAUUCUGAAGACAAUCUACAGCAUUGGCGGUGGACAGUUCUGUCAAG